AUGGAUGCCUCCACGGAGUACUCUCUCCGGCGAUGUGACAAGGCAAGAUUGUACCGUUUGGAAAAGUCAAGACGGAGUGACGUGAAAAGGAAAAGGAAGGAGGUCGAUCAGGAAAAGAUCCGGGAAUACAUCCAGAUGUUGCGUGAAGACAAGGCCGCUGGUACUGGCUACGCAACGGGGUGUGCAAUGGAUGAAAAUGGUGGUGGCGGUGUCAUUGUGCGUUGUAAAAGAUGCAAGGGCGUAGGGCAUAAAACGGCGAAUAGUCGACUAUGUCGCUUCUUCAAGCCACGCAAAAGGAAAAAUGACGAAGCAGUCGAAUCCGAAGUCACCGGCAAUCAAGAUGUAUUGCUCGCAGGACAGGCUAACUCUACCUCCGUUCUGGAUGUCGAAGAUACCAAUGUUUCUAUGCAGACGCCAGAGGAACAUACCACCACAACGGAUGACACAUUCCGUGUUGAGAUAGGAUUCGUAGAUACGAUUGGCUUAACAAGUGGCGAGGAGAGUACGCACGACCUGUCGCCUGAAAACGCAGUCUAA